AUGCUGGACGGAGUAUCACCAUCAGGGCCAGAGCCACUCCUCAAGUUCGUCCUGCUGGGCGAUGGUGCCACGGGCAAGACCAGCCUGGCGCAACGGUUCUCGCAAGACUGCAUCUCGUCCGAGUACCAUCAAACGCUGGGACUGGACUUUUUUCAGAAGCGGAUUGUACUGCAGGGGGAUCGAUCGAUUACCAUCCAACUUUGGGACGCCGGCGGCCAGAUCUUGACCUCAAAGAUGGCAAGCAACUACCUUUUCUCAGCCGACGCUUUGGUGCUUGUCUACGACAUCACACACGUGGGCUCCUUUCACCAUCUGGAAGCCUGGAUGGAGCUCGUCAAGCAGAUUUAUCUGCGCGGCGAUAGGGCGAGCUUUGUCGCCCCGGCAAGCGAUCCCUCCGCGAUGGCACAGCGUAGCCUGUCGCUCUCUGCACAAAGCCAUGGCGAGGGAGGACCCAAGUCUGCAGCCGAGGCCGGAGGCUCUCCUGAUGCUGAAGCGCAUCUCAUGGUUGACGUGAGGCUGCCCUACUCGGUACUUGUGGGAAACAAGAUGGACAUGAUCCACAUGCGAACAGUUACAGUCGAGCGGCAUCUGAUGUUUGCCAAGGAGUACAAUAUGGCCUCCUUUCUGGUCUCGGCAAAGACGGGCGACUCGGUCAGCACCUCCAUCGUUCGGAUCGCUGCCGACAUUCUUGGCAUUCCUCUCAAGGGCUCUGAAAUCGAAGGGAUGGCGCCCGUUGUCAAGGCCAACGUCAUCAUACCCCAGCCAAAGCCGCCAAAGCAGCCUCCGCCUCCAGUGUCAAGCACACAGGUGCGGCACAGCAUCGACGGGCAGUCGACCAAGGGCCCCAAGAAAAACGAAAGCGCCGCCACAUCCCGAACGUGCAUGAUUCAAUGAGCACACGCCCCAACGACGUGCAUGAUGAUCAUCGGCACUUUGACGGCAUUUGUGGAAGCAAAGUUUUCAGGAGUACCGGCGCUCCCGAUGUGAUCUGGAGCGGUCAAGCCGAGGACCACGACGUUUCCAAAAUACAGCUCGUUCGGAACGAAACAGGACGAGAUGCCCUGGGGUGAAGCCUGCUGAUCUGUAGGCCGCGGUGGGCAGGCCAUGGGAUUGCACUGCGGUGCUUGUUGGCAAUCCAGUGGCUUCGGUUGGUUUCGGGAGCAUGGCCUUGAAUACAUCCGGCCAAUCUGCUCGUUCGACCGGGCUUGGUGCCGCGAUGCAGUAAUGCAGUGUCC